AUGCUGCAUUCUGUAGCAUGUUGGCUCUCAGGCCCUUUGCAGGUAUGCCUACUGGGCAUAUGUGCUUUUCAUAGGAUGAACUGUGUAAAAGCCAUGCCAUUCAGCUUCGGCUUCUCUUUCACCUACUUCUUCCUGCAGGCGACGGCUCAAGAGGUGAGGCAGGCAGAGCUCACCGUGGGCGGCUCCGUGCGACUACUCCCUGCUGAAGAGCUGGACCUUCCGGACAAUCCUCCAUACCUCCGACGCGAGAUGCUCUCCCGUGUCCACCCACACCGCCCGGACGGUCGCAGCUCGUGGCUAGAAAGCUCACCGGAAGAGGAAGCUCAGAAAGCGGAGGAGGCCACUCAGAAUGCGACCACUGUGACAAGGCCAUUCACCGCGAACGUGAGCGUGAGCAACGUGACCCUGCUGGAAGGUCCUGCAGGGCGUCCAGGUUUGGUGGUGGCUGGGAUGUAUGGCCCUGCAGGGCCCGAGGGAAUGCGAGGUGCCACUGGACCUGCGGGUCCCGUUGGGCCCACUGGACCUGCUGGCGCCUCGGUGAUUGGCAAGCCGGGCAGCCAAGGGAUGCCAGGACCAGCUGGGAAGAUGGGGAAGACAGGCAAGACAGGUGCCCAAGGACAUGCAGGCGUGCAAGGCAGUCCAGGCAGACCACCUGAGGAUUUCUACAAAUGGUCCAAACUCCUGGCAUACUACACCCAGGUGGUAUCAAAGAUGCAGGAAGCAGCUGGCAAGCAUGUGCGAGGCUUCAAUCGCGAAGUCUCCAUGCUGCAGCAGCAAAGCGCCAUCUACCAAGCUCGAUCCUUCGCUUUGAACAAUGGUUCAGUGGAUUUGCACCGCUACAUGGUAGAGAACUACAAGCGGAUGGUGAAGUCGGCAAGUUCAGCGGAGGAGGUGGAUCAGUAUUUGGCGAGGAUGUCAAUGGCUACACCCAUGGACGCACUGCAUGAGGCACAGCGCUUGUACCCUGCCUACGUGGGGACACAGCGUGUGGCCUCUGCCAUGCAAGCGGUGCAGUAUGGCAAUGCCCAAGGAGCGUAUGGCAGCCAGGGCAACCGCGGAAGAAGCAGUAAGAGCACUGCAGCGAUGCUUAGUGGCAGUUGGCUCUUGCUGCUUACCCCAGUGUUGGCAUGGUGGUAG